UGCACCUAUAUAAAAAUUAUCAUCAGAUUGCCAGAUCAAAUAGACAUUGCUGGCAUUUCUAAAUAUCCACAAUUAACUGGAUUCAGCAAAUAUAUAUUAAGGCCUUCAUACAAUUUACUUUUUCUUUCACUUUCAUUUUAUUUCUUGCAUCUUUCAUUGUAGAAGGUAGUAUCGCUACAAUUAAUUUACAGUAGUAGCAUCUUCAAUCUAUUCCAUUGAUAUAAAUUCCAGUAUCUGUUCCCCAACCAAUGUCUGCACUAUUUCAUGCAAACUUGCCUCGCAUGGAGCUGUUGCUUGAAAAGCCCUCCACCACUCUCCUUAGUAAACCCAACAAAAACAUAAAGAGGUGGCGUAUGGCUUUUGCCACCAUCUAUUGCUCAAGGGCCUUCUGCUCUCACUUCAUAGAAGCUGUUGCGAAAAACAAGAGUAAGGUCUCCCCUGUUCCAUUUUCAAAUGUUGUCAUUGAUGUCGAAGUUCAGCCACAAUCUUACUUCUCUGAUAUUGAUCAGUCAAGCCUCACUAGGCUUGUCAAGGAAAAAAAUUUGGACAAUCUUGUUCAACUCGGCAUGGUUGAAGGUCUAGCUAAUACUCUCAAAACUGAAGUAGAAAACGGCAUACAUAGUGAUGCUGAAGACAUUCAACAUAGACACGAAGCUUUUGGCACAAACACGUAUCACAGGCCGCCCACAAAAGGUUUCUUCCAUUUUGUGUGGGAAGCUUUGAAAGAUCCCACCAUUCUCAUUCUCUUGGUCUGUGCUGCACUUUCCCUUGCUUUUGGCAUCAAAGAGCAUGGGCUAAAAGAAGGGUGGUACGACGGCGGAAGCAUAUUUGUGGCUGUCCUUCUUGUCAUCACUGUCUCAGCUGUAAGUAACUUCAAACAAAAUAGACAAUUCGACAAGUUGUCCCAAGUCAGCAACAACAUCCAAGUAGAAGUUCUGAGGAGCGGGCGGCGCCAACAGAUUUCAAUAUUUGAAAUUGUUGUUGGAGAUAUUGUUUGCUUGAAGACUGGAGAUCAAAUUCCUGCUGAUGGAUUGUUCAUAGACGGGCAUUCAUUGCAGGUGGAUGAAUCGAGCAUGACGGGGGAAAGUGAGCAUGUGGAAGUCAAUCGCAGUCAGAAUCCAUUCUUGUUUUCUGGCACCAAGGUGGCUGACGGGUAUGCUCGAAUGCUUGUCACUACAGUUGGCAUGAACACAACAUGGGGCGAGAUGAUGAGCACAAUCAGCCGUGAUUCUGAUGAGCAAACACCAUUACAAGCUCGGCUAAACAAGCUAACCUCAUCAAUAGGUAAGGUUGGUUUGGCUGUUGCUUUCCUCGUUCUUGUGGUGCUGUUAGUUCGGUACUUCACUGGAAACACACAAGAUGAGAAUGGAAAUACAGAGUUCAACGGUAGCAAGACUAAAACAGAUGAUGUGAUCAAUGCUGUGGUGAAAAUUAUCGCUGCUGCAGUCACAAUAGUAGUCGUCGCUAUUCCUGAAGGUUUGCCACUUGCAGUAACACUUACUCUAGCUUAUUCAAUGAAGAGAAUGAUGGCUGAUCAGGCUAUGGUUCGAAAGCUCCCUGCCUGUGAGACUAUGGGCUCUGCCACCGUCAUAUGUACAGACAAGACGGGCACCCUCACAUUGAACCAGAUGAAGGUGACAAAGUUUUGGCUAGGCCAAGAAUCUAUAGAAGAAAGGAGUUAUACUUCAAUUGCAGCCAACAUCCUGAAAUUCCUCCACCAAGGAGUUGGUCUGAACACUACUGGCAGCGUUUACAAGCCCCGUUCAGGGAUCGAAUUCGAAUUCUCUGGUAGCCCCACGGAGAAAGCAAUUCUUUCUUGGGCUGUCCUUGAAUUAAAUAUGGAAAUGGAGGAACUGAUGCAGAGUUGUACUGUUCUUCAUGUUGAACCUUUCAAUUCGGAAAAGAAAAGAAGCGGUGUGUUAAUGAGAAAGAAGGCUGACAACACAAUGAUUGUACACUGGAAAGGAGCUGCAGAGAUGAUACUGGCAAUGUGCUCACAUUUCUAUGAUCCCUCGGGAAACAUGAAAGCUCUGGAUGAUACUGAUAGGAGGAAAUUUGAUCAAAUAAUUGAAGGUAUGGCUGCUAGCAGUCUGCGAUGCAUCGCUUUUGCACACAAGGAAGUUCCAGAAGAAGAGCAUGAAAAUGGAAAAGCACACCAAAAGUUAAAAGAGAAUGAUUUGACCCUAUUGGGGCUUGUAGGUAUCAAGGAUCCAUGUCGACCUGGUGUGAAGAAAGCUGUAGAAGAUUGUCAGUACGCUCAAGUGAAAAUCAAAAUGAUCACCGGCGACAAUGCUUUCACUGCACGAGCCAUAGCCACUGAAUGUGGGAUACUCAAGCCUAAUCAUGAAAUGGAAGGCGUAGUGGUGGAAGGCGUUGAAUUCCGGAACUACACACCAGAGGAGCGCAUGGAGAAAGUUGAUAAAAUCUGCGUUAUGGCCAGAUCCACUCCUUUCGAUAAACUUCUAAUGGUGCAAUGCUUGAAACAAAAAGGCCAUGUGGUUGCAGUUACAGGUGACGGCACAAAUGAUGCACCGGCAUUGAAGGAAGCGGAUAUAGGUCUUUCAAUGGGGAUCCAGGGAACUGAAGUGGCCAAACAAAGUUCUGACAUUGUCAUUUUGGAUGAUAAUUUCGCUUCAGUCUCCACAGUUUUGAGGUGGGGAAGGUGUGUCUAUAACAACAUCCAGAAAUUCAUUCAGUUCCAGCUUACAGUGAAUAUUGCUGCACUUUUCAUCAACUUUGUGGCAGCAGUUUCAGCUGGCGAAGUUCCUCUAACUGCGGUUCAAUUGUUGUGGGUAAACUUGAUUAUGGACACAUUGGGUGCUCUUGCUCUUGCCACAGAGCAGCCCACGAAGGAACUCAUGGAGAAGCCACCAGUAGGUCGUACGGAGCCCCUUAUCACCAACAUAAUGUGGAGGAACUUAUCAGCUCAAGCUCUGUAUCAAAUAGCCGUUCUCUUGAUCUUACAGUUCAGGGGUGAAUCAAUCUUCGGAGUGACUGAGAAGGUAAAUGACACCCUGAUUUUCAAUACUUUUGUGCUUUGCCAAGUUUUCAAUGAAUUCAAUGCAAGGAAGCUUGAGAAGAAGAAUGUCUUUGAGGGAAUACACAAGAACAAAUUGUUUUUAGGGAUCAUCGGGAUUACCAUAGUUCUUCAGGUGGUGAUGGUGGAAGCUCUGAAGAAGUUUGCAGGUACGGAGAGGUUAGAUUGGGGCCAAUGGGGUGCAUGCACUGGAAUUGCUUCCAUUUCCUGGCCAAUUGGUUGGCUUGUCAAAAGCAUACCUGUUCCGGAGAAACCAUUAUUCAGCUAUCUCAAGUGGCAAAACUUAUUGCGUAUAAAGUAAUAAUUAGUUAUGAAUUGAGACUUUGAUUCUUUAUAGCCAACUGGUUGGCUUGUCAACUGGUAUGUGUAUAUAAAGCUUUAAUCAAUUAUGUAUUGAGUUGAUUAUUUGUAGUGCUAGUUUUACCUAAUAUUUAAUUUGUUGUUCGAUUUA